GCUCAGCUAGCUACUGUUAGCACAUUUGUCAACGUUUCACGGGUUUAGUUCAUCCCGAACGUCGAAGAACUACCCAGGCAGUCGAGGGACCGAACGCACAGCUUGCCAAGCAAUAUGUCGAUCGUGGAGAUGUGCGUGCAUAUGUGUUGCGCCGGCUGCGAGAAGAAGAUACGGAAGGCAGUCGAGAAGUUGGAAGGAGUGCACGCGGUGGAGAUCGACAUGGAGAUGCAGAAGGUGACGGUGAGCGGGGACGUGGACCAGAAGAAGGUGCUCAAGACGGUGAGGAGGACCGGAAAGCGCGCGGUGCUGUGGCCGACCCCGUUCAUCGCCGGAGCGGGCGCAGGCGCGGGCGGCGCCGUCAACCUCCUCGCGCAGCAGCACCAGUACCAUCCGGGCGGGGCCCAGAUGUACGCGACCCACGCCUCGGGGUCCACUUCCUCGUAUAACUACUACAAGCACGGCUACGACGACUCGCGCCUCUACGGCGCCAACUCGGCCGUCGUCGGCGGCACCAGGGCCACCGAUUACUUCAGCGACGAGAACACGGGAGGCUGCUCCGUAAUGUGAUCCACGCCAUCCUCACAUGGAUGGGUUUUACUCUAUGAUUAAAUCUUCUUCUUUCAUUCUCUGUAAAUUAAGUACUACACUUUGCUCAAAAAAGGGCUAACAGAUUGGACAAUCUCAAAUAAUCAUGAAUUUAUUAGGA